GAGAUAGCGGUGGGGAGCGUCCAAGUGGAAAAGAAAAAGACGAGAGAGAGAGAGAGAGGGCAAGUUUGAAACCGAGUCAUGCCUAAUAUUCUCAGCAGCACAAACUCAGAUCCUAAACCAAACAAGAAGAAGAUAUGUUGAGGCCUUCUCAACUGAGUCAACUCGUUCUUCUUCUUCUUCUUAUUGCUUGCUCUGUACCCUCAACAACAGCCAAAACCCAAAGGCCAGGCUUUCUCUUCACAAGAACCACAGGAAGAUGCACUCCACACUAUUGGGGGAGCAGGAGGGAGGCUUGGCCGAGGAUGGUCCCACAGACAUCAACGGUGUCGAAGGUGUUCGGAUCAAGAGCCUACGAACGGUACAGAUCUGAUCUGACGCUACUGGAAGCGACGGUCAGGAACGACGAGGAGAACGUCUACCCUAGGCUGCUGAAGCAGGCGAGCGCCGCCCUCCUGAACUCUUACGCCAGGAAGGGGUUUCCGUACAGUGCUUGGGAGGUGAAGACUUUGGUCAUUCAAGCUCUGGUGUCGGAUAAGGCUGCAGCCCUUCAGGCCCAGCGCUUCUCCGUUGCCAAUGAGGCUUGCCAUUAGCAACCCAUCUGUGUUUUUUUUUGUACUUUGCUUUAGUUUCAUCUAGUUUUAUGUGGGUUUGUUUGUGUGGGCCCAAAUACUAAAUAGAAUACUUCAUUCUUGAUGAUGGGUUGAAAGCUUGACACUUUAUGUGGUGGCAAAUCAAAUCUAGUUGCAUAUUGAUCAUUUGAGAAUCACUGUAUGAGUGGUUGAAAAUUUGAAUUGAACUUAUAUUGUUUGGUCAUGAUCAAAUCAAAUAUUUAUGUA